AUGAAGAUAAGAAGUACUUAAUUCUUACUUCUACUUGGACUUUACUUUAUCAGUUAGUCUCAGAUUUUCGCUUAGGCUUAGAAUAAAAGGUAAAGUCCUAAUUAAAAUAAACAAGAGAUGCAUUAAAUUAGAGACAACUUAGCUUAAGAUGAGAGGAAGUUGUUCACAUAUAUAACUGACUCCUUGACAUGCGUUAAUUCUUGCUCAUCAAUAACUUAAAACUUCUGUGCUCUCUCUAAUACAAAUGGAUAUUGCUGUACCACUGCUGAAAAUUGUCCCAGAACUGCUGGAUAGUAUUGUUCAUAAGAUAGUAAAACAGUGUCAACUAUCUCAACAAGAUGGGUGUGUCCACAAAGUACCUAUUGUUCAAUUCAAGAUCCCUCCCUAAGUGUAAAAUUAGAUGGAUCAACUAUGAUUCUUAACUAGACUACUGGUAUACCCUUUCAAAAUGUCUGCAAAUAUCUACUUGAGUUUCCAACUAAAUAUAAAUACUCUACUGGUAGUUCUAUUACUAUAACAAUGAGAUCAUCAAGAUCUGCAGCAUUCGGGUAUGUGAUUGCUAAUGAUUUUAAUGGAACUAGUGUCUAAACUUCUUAUUUGAAUGUAAAUGCUAGUUUGUCAAUCGUAUAUCCUUAGAAAUUGUAUUUUUAUGCUUACAGCGUACUUGGAGUAACAAUCACUCUUCCUUUUUCAUUUGAAUACAGAUUUAUAGGCCAAGCUACUUCUACAGAAACCACAACCACUACUACUGCACCUCCAACAUAAGAGCCCACUUAAUAGCCUACUCCUUCACCUAUUGAUUAAUCAGGAGGGAAAGUAAGUAACUCCACAGUUAAAAAAGAUGAUGAUGAAAAAACUAAAACCAUAAUCAUUGCUGUUGUAGUUCCAGUAGCCAUCAUUCUGAUUAUUGUGGUUGUUAUAAUACUAGUUUGCUGCACGAAAGAUAACGAAAAGAAAGAUAAAAGAACAAGAAGUUUUUCUACUAGAAUUGCUAAUGAUAGUGAAGAGAGCACAUUAAAGAAGUUUAAUGAUUAAUCAGGAAUAGUAUAUCAUAAUGAGACAACUAAGGGAGACAAUUCAUUGAAAUAGUAAGAUGAGUCAAAAAAGAAAAAAGCCAAAAAAACAGAAAAUGGUCCAGAUUAUGAAACCCAUGAUAAAUAAUCUAAGGAAUCUGUGACUUACAUUUACAGACCGGAAAAUGAGAUUGAUCCUAUCUUAUUACUAACCAAUCAAUAAGACCCUUAGCCUGUCAAUAAACUUAAGGAGAAAUUCCACACUGCUUUUGUAAAGAAAAUUUUGGAUUAAACAGAUUAAAAGAAAAAGAAUAUUAGAUAGGAGGAAGAUAACAAAUUUGACUCCAUUCCAAGACAUCUUGACCCUGAUUAUCUAAUGAAGGUAUAUGAAUCACAGCAGAAUUUGAUAGAUUUUGAUAGAAUUUAACCUUAACAAUAGAGCUAGGCUAUUCACUUUAUCUUAUAGACACCCUAUUUACCUAAGCCAAUGAACCCAGACUAAAACAUGGAUAAAUAAUAGGAUAUAACUUAUCCAGAUAUCACAGUUGGAAACAAUAUUUUUGAGGAUACCAAAUAAACCUUGAAAGGAUUUCUACCUAUUUAAGAAGAAUAAUAAAAUCAAGAAAUGCCAGUAUAAUAUAUUGGAUUGAUAGAGAGUAGUAGAUAAAAGGCUUAAUUAGAGUCAAUCAAGGAUAUUUAAUCUAGAGAAUAAAUGCAUAAUGAGCCUGAUAUUAAUUUCAAAUUAUCAGCAAGUUUUACAAAAUAAGAAGAUAUACAAUUAGGAUAGAGCUACGAUGUUCUCACUCCAUCACAAAUAGAUUAAAAAGAAAACAUGCAAAUUUUUGAUAAAUAAAAGCAAGAAGCAUUUAGAGAACCUUCGUAAUUGAAAACGCAUAAUGAUUUCCAACCUGAAAAAGAAAUAUAGAUAUUUCCUUCGAAUCAUAUUGAAGAUCUUGAGAGCCAGAGUAAGGCUAUUUUUUGGGAGGAAUAGUAGCACUAAAAUCAUAUUGAUGUGAGUUUUAAUUAGGUUUAGAAUAUUGAAGAAAGUAAAGUAUUGGAACCUCAAGUUCUUGUUAAUUCUUCUAUAGAGGAAUUUAAAGAAGAAUCAAAUAAUAGCAGUUAGGUAAUAGUGAACAAUUAACCACAGCAAUAACCUUAAGUGGAAUUCUUGAGCAUAGGAAACACUAAUAGCACUAAGAAAUAGAAAAAGAAGAAAAAGACUUUGAAACCAAGUGUUCAAGCUUCACUUUAGGCUACAACAUUAAAAGAUUUUAAAAAUAAAGAGGGAAAUUUUCUAGACACUAAUACUAGAAAUUUAGAAACUGCUUCUUAUGCUACUGCCAAGAAUUUAAAUUUUUCACUGGAGAAUAAAGCUCUUGAUAAAUCUAUAAGAGACGAUAUGAGUGAGCAGGCUUCAAAUAUAAUGAUGCUUUUGAAUAAGGAAGGCUAGGGCAGCUAAGUUGACUCUGAUCCAAAUCUGUUAGAUAAGUUCGACAUCAAUGAUUCAAAUCACACUUAGGGUAGCUUCAUCAAUAAAAAUUAAGAAAAGAUUGAGAUGGAUAUAAAUAAAUUGAAGUUUUAAGAUAUAAUAUCAACAAGUAUCAGAGAUGAAAUAAAAGCUAAGCAAGCUUAAAAAAUUAUGGAUCAAGAGGAACAUGUUGAUAGGAAUGCCAUAAACAAAUCUUACUAAAAUUAAAAGAGAGAUGAUAGUUCAAUUAUUAAUUAGAGCAAUAACUCAAGAGGCAUGAAUAGAACAAAGAUAGUUUAUGUGAACGAAGAAGGUCACACAAGCAUUGAUCCUGUUUACUAAAAGAGAUAAACCCUCAAAUCAGAAAAAGAUAACUCUAUGUUGAAUUCUAAAAAUUCUAACAAAAAUGAGAAGAAAAAAGGAUUAUAAUAGAUUUUGAAUAAACUUGAUUCAUAGGAUAUAUCGGUUUCACACAAAUCUCUAAUUAUUGACUAACAAUUUGAAAAUUAAUCAGUAAACUAGACUCAAAACAUUCAUUAUGAUGAAGAUCUACACAACCAACUGAAUCAGUAAGAUGAUGAGUUUAUUCAGUCUCCUCCACAUGAGAUAAGUGACUUGUUUUAGAAAUAAGAUUAAAAAAUAUAAAGCUAGAGCAGGGUUGAAGACAUACAAGAUGAAAUUGUAGAAAACUAUGAGUGA